GGUUACCCUAUAGUUGUAGUUGUCGACGGAGGCUCUAAAUUUAAAGGCGAAGUCAAGGAGAUCCUUUAUAAACUAGGUAUUAAAAGAGUUAUUAUCUUACUAUACAAUUCGUAUAUAAAUGGUGUAAAUGAGGCUAGCUAUAUCCCGAUUGCUACCUUGUUUAUAAAGAUGACUAAUAGUAUAAGAAAGAGGUAG